AUGGACAAGACGCAUAGAGACGCUGUCAUAGAGCAUGCUGCGCAGAUUAAGCACUUCGUGCAUGAUCCUCACAGCUUUCUCACCGAGCUUGUCGUUCAGCAACAGCAGUACCACUGUAUUGGCUGGCUUUGCCACUUCGAUGUACUGUCAUGCAUACCGUUACCUCCAAAAUCGAUAGCCUACUCCGAGGCUGCUGCCAAAGCCCAAGUGCCGUUGACUCAGCUACAGUCAGUUGCGCGAAUGGCCAUGACUGCAGGCUUUCUUAGCGAGACACGCGAUGGCCAGCUCUCGCAUAACGCCCUGUCUAUGCACUUUGUUACAGAUGUCGACAUGAGAACGCAGCUCCUGUACAUGUUCGACAAGACUGUCCCAAUCAUGGCUGCUUUGUCAGAAGCCACUGAGAAAUGGGGUGACACCUCGGCGACGAAUCAGACGGCUUAUAAUGUAGUCCACAAGACGGACAAGCCAUUUUUCGAGUACCUCAAGACUCGACCCGACUUCAAUCAGGCUUUUCAUGCUUUCAUGAAGAGCAGGGCUGUGUCGCAUACAGGCUCGAAUGUUGAACAUCUUCUCGAUGCGUUUGACUGGAAGGCACUGGGCCAAGCAAAGGUCGUUGAUAUCGGUGGCAGUGGUGGCUCUACUGCCAUUAUGCUGGCGACAUCAUAUCAUAAGCUCAAUCUCGUCAUAGAAGACCUCCCAGAGCCUCUCCAAACUGCCAAAGCUCGUGUUUCCAAGCUGCGUGAGGAUGUGGGAAGCCGUAUUGAGAUAGUCGAAUACGACUUCUUCACUCCCCAGCCAGUCAAGCACGCAGACGUGUACUUACUGCGCACGAUCCUCCACGACUGGCCCAACGCCGAUGCUGUCAAGAUCCUGCAAGGCGUGGUAGAGGCAAUGGGUCCGUCGAGCAGGUUGUUGAUCAUGGACAUGGUCUUACCCAAACCAGGUUCUGGCUCGCGGACAUUUGAAGCAACUCUGAGGCAAAAGGAUCUUACCAUGUUGCAGACAUUCAAUGCCAAGGAACGGGAGGUUGAGGAGUGGAGCGCUCUUCUGAGCCAGGCUGAUGCGCGGUUGAAGAUUCGGGCUAUUGAACGGCCAGCUGCAAGUGAGUUGUCUGUUAUCGAAGCUGUGUUAGAGGAUGAGUUUGGAGAAGACCUCGUCUGGUAG